AAAAGUUCCAGGUUCCAGGUAUACCUUGAAGCUGCGUCCUGCUCCCAGUCCGGCCAGCAUCUGUGAAGAUGGGUUCCAGAGGUCUUCUGCUGAGUGUCACCUUCCUGAGUCUCAUUGCUGGAGGCAUAUCAGAAUCAGUUCAAAUUCUACCUGGUCCUGUGCCAAAUGAAUCAUGCCACUCUCCAGAAAUCGGCACUGAACCCCCACCCCCCAAAUGUGACUAUACGAUGAUCGCAUCAUUCAGAAUGGCCAGCGGAUCCCAAAGCAAAGUCUGCACGAGGAUGAAGAGUGAAAAGCCCGUCACUAUCACGGUUGUGCUGGAGUAUUUUUCUGAAAUCUUAACCAUUCUCAUCAAACCAGACACUUCUAAUCAUUAUGAAUGCACUGAAUUCACCGUGCCAGAAGUUGAUGAGGAGACACAAGCUUUUAUCAGUUUUGCGGCUACUGGUGACGAGGUUAAUGUGGCGGAUCGAAGAGCUGUCGUGAUUGUUGUCCCGCAAUCAGCCUGCAUGUUUCAGAAAAGCCAACCUAUCUACAACCAAGGGGAAGAAAUACAAGUAAAGAUGGUAUGUUACGAUGAAAACAUGAACCAAGUUGUAAGAAAUUUCACAACAGUCACACUUGUGGACCCAAAUGGAGCUCAUGUUUGUCAGAUUCUCAAUCCCUCGAUAAUCCAUGGUGUGGUGCACGUGGUCUUCGAACUAUCUCCUCUCGCAGAGCUUGGGUUUUGGCAAAUAACGUUUGAAGAUGAUAAGAAAGCAACUGAAUAUGUAUCUGUUCAGGUUAAUAGAUUCGAUCUACCAAGAGUUGAUUGGAAAGCCAAGUGUCCCGACACCAUCUCUGUUUUGGACGAAAAAAUUGACAUUUCUGGAGUUGCAGAAUACACAUAUGGGGACCCUGUACCAGGCACUGCUGUGGUCCGGUGCUGCAGAACUGUACCUAAAUAUGGAAGAGAAGCCAACUGCUUCCGGGGUAUUGAUGACAUCUGCGAUGAGUUUACAACAGAGCUGGACGAGGACGGCAAGUUCAGUGGAUGGAUGGACUUGGCUAAAUUUAACUUACCAUUUUCUGGACUUUCAAAUUACAUGACGUGUGACAUUACAAUGAAAGAAGACGGGACAGGUGAUGUGUAUCCUAGUUCCUGCUACAUGCAGAUCACCAACAGGCUCGCUGUCAUCCGGCUGGAUCGUACAUUCAUAGGCUCGAGCUACAAUAAAGUCCACCUACCAGUUGCCGCAACAUUAACAGAUGAGAAAGGCAACCCGUUGCCUUUUGCAAGAAUUAAAGUGCAGAUUGAUGGAGCAGAUGUCAAAUGUCUAACAACUGACGCUGAUGGAAGAGCUGAGACUGAGAUAGACACAUCUUCCUACAACAAUCCCAACAUCACCCUUUCUGUCUCUUAUGAAGAUGACGACCUCUGCUAUGGCAGGAAUGAAUAUGACAAUUACUACAUCAAUUACCCCAAUGAUAAGAUGGUGCUCUUUCGUUCUUACUCAAAGUCACGGAGCCAUAUACGUAUAAGACCUCUACAGGGUCAGUUGUCCUGCGAUAAGAGUUACAGCAUGAACGUGGAUUAUUCAUUCACAGAAGAAGGAGUUGGGAAAGGUGCAACUACCAUCAACAUCCUAUACAUUUUUAUGUCAAGACACAACAUUGCAGCUCAUGGUGAAGUCCCUAUUGACCUGUCAGAAAGUUAUAAAGGAUCAGUCACAAUAGAAUUUACCGUUGAUAGUACAUUUGCAACAGGAGCUACAUGCAUGGCCUAUGCGCACAUGACGGAGGACAUUAUUACAGACACUGCAUCACUAAACGUAGACGCCUGCUUCAAGAAUAAGGUGAAUUUGGAAUUCACGGAGGAGAUUGUGGCCCCAGGAGCGACCGUUCAUCAAAAAAUAACAGCUGCACCAGGGUCCUUCUGUGGGUUAAGAGGAACAGACGCCUCCUUCACAUUGCUCAACCUAUAUGAUGAAUUUAAUGCUAAUCAUGUAUACAAUAAAGUGCAGUCUUAUAUUUAUGGUUUAAAUCAUAACGACAUUCAUUAUGAGGACCCCAAACCUCCGUGUAUUGAUGGAAACAAGGAAGACUUUCACAAUGGGAUGUACUGUAGGCCAAGCAGCUGCAGAACAGAUGAGGAAGCCUAUCAAGCCUUUAAGGAUCUCAAUUUGCAGAUGGGUUCAAGUCUUGACACGAGAAGACCCGUAGUCUGUGGGAUGGAGAAUGAACCUGACUUUUCAUCUUCAUUUUCAGGUGUCGUUUUUGCUGCAGAAGGUAGACCUUUUGCGGAUGGAGAGCCUAGGGCAACAAGUAUUGACACCAUUCGUACAGACUUUAGUGAAAGCUUUGGAUAUACAUCAAUCAUUAUUGGUGAAGGCGGCGAAGAAAUAGUCAGUGCGGUAAUCUCACAAAGUAUCACUUCCUGGGAGAGUGACGCAUUCUGCAUUUCGGCUAACGAAGGUCUAGGCUUGACCACUGUGCCGGCAACGACCACCACAAAACAGGAUUUUUUUGUGCAGUGUUCUAUGUCAACGUACGCCAUUCGAGGAGAAGCGUUGACUGCCAGUAUCGGGGUCUCCAACAACAUGGACAAAUGCGCACAUGUUGAAGUAUCAUUCGAUGAAUCUGAGAACUUUGAGGUGGCCUCUGUGGACAACAAGGGACAGCAAUGUGUCUGCGGAAAGCAGAAAUCCUUCUGGACAAUAUCAAUCUCAUUUAAAAUCAUAGGCAUUUUCGAACUCGGAAUUACAGCGAAAACAACGAAGAUCUCUGAUACAUGUGAUGGAGACAAUGAUGAUACCCAGCCGUCCCACUCAGACAAAAUCGUACUGAUCAUCACAUCGGAGGCUGAAGGUAUUAGAAGACGGGAAUCUUCCAGUCACUUUCUCAGUGUCUCAGAUUCAACAAAUGAAGCAGAAAUCAGUGUAGUUGAACCAGAUGACUUGGUGCCUGAGUCCUUUGAAUUAACUGUACAUAUCAUGGGUGAGCCUGUGGCCUUAAUGGCAGGAAACUACAACAACUUGCUAUCUACUCCCUCCGGGUGCUGUGACCAGAUGCAGGGUAGCUUGCAGGCCCUUAUCUUCCUUAAAGAACAUCUAGAGAACCUUGGAGAGCUAACUGAUGACGAAUCAAAGAAAAUGGAGGAUAAACUUCUAAAAGGCUAUAUGGAUAUGAUUAGAUGUCAACAAUAUGAUGGAAGCUUCAGUCGGUAUCCAGGCACCUCUGGAACAAGCACUUGGGGGACCAUCUUAGGUCUUCGUACACUUAUCCAUCUGAGCAAACACAUUUAUAUUGAUGAGAACAUCCCAAAAAAAAACUUUGCAUACCUAGGAAAAAUACAGGACUCGAAAAGUGGCUGCCUUAACCCUGAAUGGUACUGGUCCACCAACCAGGUGAACAAUAAUGCCACCAUCGCGUACAAUGCCAUGGCGGCAUCUAUACUGUGGGAAAUGUCUGAUACAUUUAGUGCCGCAGCACCGAUUCUAGACGGCGUACAAAGGUGUCUUGAUAAUGCGGACUUUUCCAGCCAGGAUACUUCCACCCAAGCUCACAUGUUAAAUGCUGCAGCUUCAGCUGGAAACUGGGACCAAUGGCAGGACAUGUACGAUUUCCUGGAAACUACGUCCAUCAGCGACGGUGGCACACAGUUUUGGGUUUAUGAGGCUGAUGUGACUUUAGUAUUAUCGCAGUUUUUACAAAAACAGAGUACUGGAAACAUCCCGAUCACAGCAACCAUACUGAUAAGCAUGACGAAACAUCCAAGCCCCAGUCAAGAGCUUUUAAACGCAAUGGGCAGGAUAUCAAAAUGGCUGGCUGGUCGAAUUACUGGAUCUGGAGGUUUUUAUGCUGCGCAGUCGACAUCAUUGGCGAUUGAAGCAAUGACUCGCUUUAGUCAGAUGACCAAUACCAAGGAGACCGACGUCGUUGUUUCUGUACUUCAAAAUGAAGUGGAGGUUUUCAAAGUGCAGAUUAACAACAAAAAUCGAUUUCUUGUCCAGAGUACGAAUAUCCCUGUACCCUUUGCGGAGUAUACAGUCGCCGUCACCGGGACAGGCAGCGCUUUUGUUCAGUUUACGACUACCUACUACAUACAGAUCCCUAAAGAAGAACAUUCUGCUUUUGACGUGGCUGCCCAGGCAACAGCAAUGAAUUGCUUCGGUGGGGUGGCAAAAAAGGUCGAUGUUACCAUUACUAUCAGAUACAAAGGAGAUAGAGUGGAGAGUGGCGAUGUUAUUGUGACUGUGAGCUUAAUGACUGGAUAUCAGCCUGACUUAAGUUCAAUAAAACGGUUUGAAAACAUCGCAGAUUAUAGAAUGGAUGGCAACAAAGUUCUCUUCUAUUUAUACUCAGUCAGUGGCACAGAAACUAAGUUCACUAUGACAACAUACUUGCAGAACAAGGCCUCGACCUUAAUGGCAGCCUCCGUUGUAGUAGAAGCUUUAGAAACAGGGGAGGUGGGAGGUGCAAGAUACACGCAUCCAUGUGCCAGUGAACCUGAGAUAGAGCAGGCCGAAUAACUGUGGUGGCAC